AUGCAGUAAUCACAAAUUUAAAAUAAUGAAGAGCAAAUAAAAAUAGAACAACAAACAGAAAAAGAUGAAUGUGAAAUCUGUUUCAAAGAAAUCCAAAGCAAAGGUAUUUUCAAAAGAUGCAAUCAUUACUUCUGUAUAAAUUGCGUUUUGAAUUGGACUAUGCAAUAGAAAUCCUGUCCUAAGUGUAGAUGUAAAGUCUCAAAAAUAAUAAAACUUUCGAUAAGUAAAUAUCCUCGUUCAAAAAAACAAAAAAUAUCUAGUAAUUAGUAUUCUUAUUUCAAGAACAACUCAUCUAUUUAUCAGAUUCUGAAAGUGAUAGUAGUGAUUCAGAUUAUAUUCCAAUUGACACGCUUGUUGGAAAAUAUGGACCCGAAGAUUUCUUAUGA